UUGUUAGUGUUUGGGUGUAAUUCCCAGUUUAGAUUUCGCGCCAUAAAACAUUCGUUUGUUUUCCAGGCUAUAACUAGAUCCUAGACGUUAGCUAAUUUCGGGUUUAGCACCCCUAGUGGAUUUUUUAGUAAUAUUCUCGGGGAACUGUGGACACGUGUUUGUUCUGUUUUAAUCGCUGCCACAGCUGUGCAAAGGGCUAGGGUGUCUCCAGGGGCGGCUAAAAUGGAUUUCGGAGCCCUCACGAGGCAUAACAACUGGUGCCGCUUUCCGAGGAUGAAGUGUGUAUGUGUGGAAGCAUCCGGCUACGAACGCCUCAAUGAGAAUUUCCUCGAUUAUCAAAUCGUAUCGGAAGAUAAAGAUAACGCGACAAAUGAAAAAGAGGAGGAAAUGGUUUUCUACAACGACGAUGGCAGUUACCAAACAGUCAUAGUCGAACGAAAUCUUUGUGCAAGUGACUUGUGCCAACUUCUAGCUCUCAAAAACCGCGUGUCAAAAAGUGUCAAUUGGAGCAUCGUCGAACAUUGGAAAGAAUACGGUUUAGAACGCUCAUUCGAAGAUCACGAAUACGUACUUGAAGCAUCGAGGGAUAUGAGGGGGUAUUCGAGACACGCCCAAUUUAGAUACGUUUUCAGAAAAGACUACAGGAAAUACGAGUUCUUCCACAAUCCACAACAGUUCUUCCCCUCCGAUAUGUUGAACGUCACCAAGGAAGACUUUCCUCAUCUCACAAACUUCAACGAAAACUACCUCCAGAAUCUCGUGUUACAAGAAGGAAAAUCGCCGGUGGUUUUUUCGCAAGUGUGGAUUAAAGAUCAACAGAAACAGGCCUGGGGUAAGGCCUUUCUGUUACUCCGCGAGAAGAAGCUUUAUCUCUCGUACAAGAUCCAAGUGUUGGCAAAAUUCCUAAGGGCUGCAAAAAUCAGGGAAACUUCGAUCUCAGAGUCGGACAUCAACGGCUUGAAUUUCUUCGCCGAACUGUCAAACUACCACGUUUACACGACGCUUAACGCAAAGAACCAGUUUCGUGCCCCCACCGAGUGGGGCAUCUGCUUGAGGCCUUCAGGAGUUGACACCGAAGACGAAACUCCAGAUUUAAAGUGUAUAGCUUGUGAUUCGGAACGAGUACGGUCCUGUUGGCUGACCGCCAUGAGGCUUGCCAAGUAUGGAAAACAAUUACGUGAAAACUACAGAGCCUUCAAAAACAAACAAACGGAGUCCAUCAAUCCAAAAGACUACAACAGCUACACUGUACCUAAUGAAUCUGUCAGAUCGAGGGUCGCGAUGGACUUUACCGGCUCCGUGGGUCGCAUAGUCGAAGAUCCGAAAGAAGCGAAAGCUAUUGCGGUGGCGGAGGGUUAUUCGUGGAAGAGGCGAUGGCGGCCCCCUUGUCGUCCACCCCCGAACAGUGGCUAUCCACAAGGCCUCGAAUCGGGGGUGCACAUAACGCAACCGUGGUUUCACAGCGGCAUGAGCAGGGACCAAGCAACGGCACUAGUCACAAAACACGGAACAGUCGACGGGGUGUUCUUGGUAAGGGAGAGUCGCUCGAAUCCAGGGGCAUUCGUUUUAACGUACAAAUGCGGAGGCAAAGUGUUGCACGCCCAAAUCACUCCGAUCCUCGACCCCGUCCGAGAAGCUCACGUUUUCUCUCUCGAUAGUGGCGUUACGAAAUUCUACGAUCUCUUGCAACUCGUCGAAUUUUAUCAAUUGAACGCUGGAUGUUUACCCACAAGACUCACUCAUUACGUAGUACAGAAUUGUUCGCCGGUAAAUUCGUCAACGAAUCCGACGACAAAGAUGACGGUCUCGGGAAGCAUUUAAUAAUGCAUUUGACUGACUUUUCUUCAAAGUGACUUUAAUUUAUUUUUGAUUGUUGUUUUUUCGAGUGACGUGGAUGCGAACCAAAGUGAAACUGGAUCGAAUUUUUAACUGGUCCGCCUUGUAAAAGACACUCAAGCACUGAUUUUUACCCUAGUUGUAAAUUCCGAGAAUUUUCCCGGACUUUGUGUUGUUGCUCCAGCGAUUUUUACAGGGAUGAUAUUUAUUUUUUGUUCUUUCGUAUUUAUGUUUAAUAUGUAUUUCAGUAUUAAAUCUCAUUGAUAACAGGGUGAAAAAAGAACUAGUUUGUAAUAUCUCUUUUUCGAAAAAAGUUAGAUGAGAAAGGCUGUGGUUGUUCUGGUGUGGAUUAGAAAAAUAUAUUUGAUAUUUAUAAAGAAAUUGUUAAAUUCACACCGUUUGUAUAGUUUUAGGAUUAGAUAAAACGAUUUUUUCGUUCUUUAAUCAAAUAUCAUAGGUAUAAUUAUUAAAAACCAAAAAAUAUAUUAUUUAAUUUAGGAAAGCAAUAUAGUAAAGAACUUCUCGUAGAUGUGAUAUUUAGUUAAGUAUUUUUUUCAUUUACGCACAUUAAUCGUUAUUUAAACGCAGUAUUUUUGAAAAAAACGUGCUUUUGUCUCUACCAUACAUCAUUAACUUUAUUUAUGUAUUUUUUUUUCUUUUUUGUAACAUUUCUUUUUCAUCAUCCUUGUAAGUUAAAUAAAACAAAAAUCACAUAUGUGGACAUAACAUUAAUUAGAAAUAGUACUUAUGCAAACAGUGACAAUUGCAGCUUGUGUUCGUUGUGACUGAACUGAUUCUUUGAUACCGCUCUUGUUUCUUAUUCCACUUACUGUACAUCCAUUAUUUUGUACUCUUGUAGAUGACAUAAACUAAAUUUAACACUUAA